GUGGCAGGGGGAGCGGCGUCGGCCCCGGAGGUCCCGAGGGACCUCAGCUGCCAUUGUCCGCGGACCGCGGUGUUUCCGGGCCGGUCGGCGCAGCCCGACGGCGGAACCAUUUCUGGAAGCCCCGCCGUCAGGCUCCGGAGGCCAUCCUGUUGUCCGCCUUUGCGCAGACGGCGUCGGGGCCUCGCUGGCCGGUGUUGCCGCGCGCCGGGGACCCAGGCGGUGCAGCCUCGGAGACGUCGGCCUUUGCUGGUACCCAAGCACGGCAAGCGUCCCGGUGCCCGCUGAGCUUGCUGGGCAGCCGGCGGCCGGCCAUUUGGGAAUACCGUGGCAUCCUGGUCGACUUUGGGUGCCGUUCCUGCGGGCUCACGGCCGGGAAAGCGAGGUCCCGGGACUCUCCUCAGUCUCGCCUCGAGGUCUAAAUGAGCGUCGAAGAAAGGGAAGGUGGGCCGAAGGGUCACCCUCAACAUCACCAACUCUCCUCCUCUCCUCCUUUGCGACUUGGCCUGUGGAUAAACGUUUUUGUUUUAGGAAGAAGAUCCUUUUAUUGAUUUUGUUCCAGAGCUGACUGGGUCUUAUUUGCCAAAGGUGGUGCUGGUGGGGUAUCCAACAAAGGAGUAAAACUGUUCUUGCAGCAGAAUAAUGAUGGUAGAUCUGAAGGUGGCUGACUGUUUGAACCCUCAGAUCAGGGUUCUGUGGGAGACCAAGGGGCCUGUGAUAGCGAGUUCCAGUCACAAUAAGAAAUAUACCGCACAAACGGACAGUCUCAGUCCUGAAAGCUGUCGCCAGCACUUCCGGAAUUUCUGCUAUCAUGAAGCAGCAGGACCCCGUGAAAUUGUUGGACAACUUCAGGAAUUAUGUCGUCAGUGGCUGAGACCAGAGCUCCACUCAAAAGAGCAGAUCUUGGAACUGCUUGUGCUAGAACAGUUUGUGACCAUUCUACCCAGGGACACCCAGAGCCGGAUAAGGAAGGACCAUCUACAGAGCAUUGAGGAGGCUGUGGUCCUGGUAGAACACUUGCAGAGGGAAUCUGGUCACACGAGAAAUGGGGUUGCAGUCCCAGAGCUGGGAAAGGAGGCAGUGCUCUUGGGAGAAACAGCAGAAUCCCAGCCAGUGGGAAUGGCCCAGGAUGAAGAAUUCUGGAAUACAUACCAGGGUCUGCAAGAACAACUGAGCAGGAAUAUUCAUAAAGAAACUGAGCCUGUAUGUGAGAGGGCUGUGCCUGCUCAACAGAUCCUAGCAUUUCCUGUGCAGACAAACACUAAAGACUGGACAGUGGCACCCGAGCUCAUCUUGCCUGAGUCCCAGAGCUUGUUGACAUUUGAAGAAGUGGCCAUGUAUUUUUCCCAGGAAGAAUGGGAGUUACUGGAUCCCACUCAGAAGGCCCUCUACAAUGAUGUAAUGCGGGAAAACUAUGAGACUGUCAUCUCUCUAGCUGUGCCUGCUCACCAGAUCCUAGCCUUUCCUGAGCAGAUAAUCACCAAAGACUGGACAGUGGCACCUGAGCUCGUCUUGCCCGAGUCCCAGAGCUUGUUGACAUUUGAAGAAGUGGCCAUGUAUUUUUCCCAGGAAGAAUGGGAGUUACUGGAUCCCACUCAGGAGGCCCUCUACAAUGAUGUAAUGCGGGAAAACUAUGAGACUGUCAUCUCUCUAGCAUUAUUUGUGCUCCCCAAACCUAAAGUGAUCUCCUAUCUAGAGCAAGGGGAAGACCCAUGGGUUCAAGGGCCCUUGGAGUUGAAGAAUAGUCCUGGAGAGCUGCCUUCAGGGUUAAAGGUCAAAACUGACAAUGAAAACCAUCAGCCUGUGUGUCUUUCUGACUUAGAAAUACGAGCACCGGAAGACAUAGUAUCAAAAAAGACCCGAGUGAAAGUUCCCCAGAAAACAACAGGCAAAGAAAAUCAUGGUGAUAUACACAGGAUGGGGAAAUGGCACCGAGAUUUUCCCGUGAAGAAAAGAAAGAAACUUUCAACUUGGAAACAAGAGCUGCUAAAACUUAUGGAUCUUCACAAGAAAGCUCAUGCUGGAGAGAAGCCAUUUAAAUGCCAGGAAUGUGGGAAAAGCUUCAAAGUUAGCUCUGACCUUAUUAAGCACCAAAGAAUUCACACUGAAGAGAAACCAUAUAAAUGUCAACAGUGUGAUAAGAGGUUUAGAUGGAGUUCAGAUCUUAAUAAGCACUUAACAACACACCAAGGAAUAAAACCAUAUAAAUGUUCCUGGUGUGGGAAAAGCUUCAGUCAAAAUACAAAUCUACAUACGCACCAAAGAACUCACACUGGAGAGAAGCCCUUUACAUGUCAGGAAUGUGGGAAAAAAUUCAGUCAGAACUCCCACCUUAUUAAACAUCGGAGAACCCACACAGGUGAGCAGCCAUAUACUUGUAGCGUAUGCAGGAGAAACUUCAGCAGGAGGUCAAGUCUUCUUAGACACCAGAAACUCCACCGCUGAAUGGAAGUUUAUUCCAGUGUCCUCAUUCUGAAGAAAUUCACAAAGUAGAGGUUGACCCUGAGAUUUAUGAAAAAAUACAAAAUUAUGAAGCAUAAAUAAGUUUUCAUCAGAGGAAAAUUUGGUGAUAUAAACAUAUUUCACAGGAAGGAAUCAAGGUUGACUCUGCAGGGAUCUCUGUAAGUAGUUUUGUACUACUUACAUUUUUACACGUAACCUUUGGGGAAUUCCUUAGCAAGAAAAGUGCUGAAAGAACAUUCUCAGUAAGGGAAACAUUUUUGCAGUUGUACCUGGCAAAAUAGCAAAUUCAGCUUUAAAUGGCAGAUGCAUACAUGAAUCAGUCUUCUCUAAUCACAGAGGGUAAAUACUGUUGGCUUUGUAUUGAAUUCCCAGCCACUUUUUAAACACAUUGAUAGAAACAUUUGUAGCCUGGUCUUCCAAAAGAAAAAGCAAUAACCUGCAUGUUUAAUUGGAUACCAUUGCCUUUAAGGUAGUAGGCUUACCAAUUUCAAGAGCCCUGUGACACAAAAAUGAAGUCUGUUGUCAAAUUUUCCAAGAACCAAAUUGGAUUUUCUUCCUCUCCCUUGUCAUUGGACACUGUUCCCACCGUUGGACAUCAUUUGAGUUCAUUCUUGAACAUUUUAGCAACUUUAGCUCUUGAAUCCUUUUAGCACCAUUUUUACUGUGAUGAAAUGCUAUUCACCACUAGGGAAUCUGCCAGAUAAACUAAUAAUGCACUAUCUUAUACCUCAUUGGUGGUGUUUGAAAAAGAUAAACAUCUCUAAUGAGAUCAUCUGAAAACGGGUUGGAAUGUUUAGCCAUGGAUUAUGUAUUACAUGUAAUUAAUUUUCUGCAAUAAAAGAAACUAGUCCCUUAUAAUCUCAGUAUGAUAAAAGAUAAAAGAUAGCACUUUCUUGAAGCCUAAAAGAAAAUUAAUGGAAGUUCAGGUGAACUUCUCACAUUUUUAUAUGCUUUUUUGUUUGGCUUUGUUUAUUUUUAAGAAAAAGGGCAGAGUUUAGGAACUGGAGUGUGUGCUGCAGGCAGGAUGUGGUUCACUGAGUGUGGCAGAAGACUGGAUUCCCAAGAGGAAAGGUUUGGGAACUGAUGUUGACUGGUGGACAAGGAUGGGUGAAUCUGCAUUCAUGUUGGUUGUCUUACACUGUUAACUAUUACUAAGCAGGCGGGGUCUUCCUGUCUCUGUUUUGUACGCAGCAUUUAACAACAGCCUUAGCUGAUAAGUGAUAUAGAUGGCUGAACAUCUCUCCGGGCUGUGGAUCUUCUUAGAACUCCUACCUACAGCAGUGACAUGUGUUCCUGUUAGAGCUUUUAGGUUGUGUCAAGAAGGGGGGUGAAGGGGGUUAAAUGAUUUCUCCCAAAUACCUUAUAAACGAUGAAGUUAAGGCUCAGAUACGGGACUUGAUUCAAGACCCUAUUGCUAGUGGGUCCGUUCGCUGCCAGCUAGCUGCAUCAGGGAGGCCUGAAGGCAGGGCUAGGAGGAUAUGUAUGUUAUCCCUGCAGGACCAGGUUGGAUGACAUUGUGUUGUAUUUACUUCUAACUUAUAAAACAUUCUUGUGGCUUGAUUGGUUCCCAAAACACUGAGGUCUCCAUGUAUUCUGUGAAAGAGAGAAAACUGUUUCAACCAGGGUUAUUCUAGGGACUAGGGGGAUUGAUGAAUGAAAAGCACCUCACAGCCUGGCCAGUGGUAGAUGCUCAAUCAAUGUGCAUUUGCUUCCCUUUCCCCUAUUCCCCAGUGAUAUGCUGGGCAGACUGACUGCAGUAAGGAAGCAGUUGUGUUUAUGGCUAUUUUCAGCUCCUUUCAGGAGUUGUGCACUGCUGGUGGUGAUGUUGCUCAGUUGAUUUGAUCCUUGGCCUCAGUACUUUAUGGUGUAAGUCACCUGAGCUGUGGAUAUGGUGCUCUCAGCAGGAUUUUGUUUUCUUCCCCAAGAUGAACAAUACCAAGUAUUAUUUCUUAGGCACAGCCAACUUUAAAGCUUUCGUCUGCAUAGCUUUUAUCCAUCACCCUCAUCCUUAGGCUUCGGGUACUGUCUCAUCCCCGGAUACAUGUGGACAUCUUCCUGGUGCUACAUUCAUUCAGUUUCAUGGGGGCCUCUUACGUGCCCAGGCACUGUUUGGUCUAGACUGAGAAUAUAGUAGUGAACAAAAGAGCUAAAGAUAGACCCUCACAGGACUUAUACUCUAGUGAAGAGUAUAAAGAAGACUGGUUAUAGUUUUCUGCUCCUUGCAGUUUAGGGUCAUGAGAUAGUUGAAGGUAACGGGUUGUGAGCAGAAGCCCCACUUCUGCGCUGAAGACUGUUUGUGCAAAACUCUGGGGUGUCCUUCCUACCUCAGUCAUGGAAGUCCAGCAGAAACUGGGGCCACAAGGUCAAAGUAGUCUGGAAUGCUGAGCGCCCCCUCCCCCCCCACAUGGAGAGCAGUUGUCCUGGAUAUUUGCCCAGACCUGUGAUGGACUUUAUGGGAAUGAGAA